GAAACAGCUGAGGCUGAGCUGAGCUGCAGAAAAAUGGAUGACGUCGCCACAGCACAAAGCGAGAAUGAGAAUUUACGGAAAAUUCGCAAUCGCCUGAUGCAAUGGGAGUCCAAGACCGAUCCCCUGGCGGCGCUAAGUGUUCAGCAAGAAGAGCAUUUGGAUGUCCUGGCCAAUCUGUGGCGAGAUGCCGGACCAUCGUUGCCGGCAGUGACCACACCUACGAUAGCGGAGCCCUCAGAUGAGGCAAGCGCUGCUGCCACACAGAGUACUGAGGAUAUAGAGCUGCCUGCGGAGGGGCUUCAGAACACAAACGAUUUCCUGCUGUGGUUCGUGGACGUCAACGCUGAGAUUGAGCAACGUGGCGAUGCGGUCUAUCACAAGUAUCUGCAGCAGUUGGAGCAGCGCAAAGCGGAAUGCUCGCACAUGCUGGGCCAAAUCUCGGUGGCCAUGAAUCGCCUGGGCGCCCUCUCCGACGAGUACGAGUUUGUGUCACAAAAGACGAGCGCCCUGAACACGGCCAGCGAACAGUUGAUCGACGAGCAGGAGAAACUGCAGGAGCUGAGCAAUGAAAUUCAGCGACGUUUGCAUUACUUCAGCCAAGUGGAGCUGCUCAAUCAGCGACUACAAAGCCCCACGCUAUCGGUGGCCAGCGAAGCGUUCCGGGAAUGCCUUAACAAAAUUGAUGAAUGCCUGAACUACAUAGAGGAGAAUCCCAAGUUCAAAGAUGCUGCCACCUACAAUGUCAAGUACAGACAAUGUCUGGCAAAGGCCUCUGGCCUGGUGCGUAAUUAUGUCACCGGCGUCAUCAAUCAGGCCACUGAGGCCACGCUGCAUCCCAAGAACACCUCAGCUGAUGCCUCCAACGCACUACAAGCGCCAGAUGCUGCCUUCGCCUUGUACUAUGGCAAAUAUCAGACAGCAGCAGCGAAAGUUAAGCGUGUGGCCCAGCUGAUCGAGACGCGGCUGGAGCACAGCAACGACUAUGCCCAACUAAUGACCGACCUGCAGCAGCAUUACUUGGCUCAGCGUGCCAGUGUGAUGUCGCCAGCGGUUAAUCUUUCCAUACAGAAUGUCAAAUCAGCCCACAAGGGAGACCAUUGCUCGCUGACACGCAGCGCGUGUGGAUUUCUGGUGCAUGUGUGCCAGGAUGAGCAGCGUUUGUUUUAUCAGUUUUUCAGCACAGGAGCGCAGUAUUUAACCGUUUAUUUGGAAGGCUUGUGCACGAUUCUUUAUGAUACAUUGCGACCCUUCAUUAUACACAUAAAUCACUUGGAAACGCUGGCCGAGAUUUGCUCCAUUUUGCGCAUUGAAAUGCUGGACGAACAUGUGCAACAAAAUCCAUCCGCGCUGGAAGCCUUUGCCACCAUUGCACAUCAAUUGCUGCAGGAUGUGCAGGAGCGUUUGGUUUUCCGUGCACAUUUGUAUCUGCAGUCGGAUAUUCAGAACUUUAAUCCCUCUUCGGGUGAUCUGGCCUAUCCCGAGAAGCUGGAAAUGAUGGAGAGCAUUGCCUUAUCCCUGCAAGAGCCUACUCCACUGCGGCGUUCGGAUUCGCGUGCGUCUGUUAUUUCCAGUGCCUCGAGUGUUGCCGAAAGCGUUGACACUUCCUACAGAAUCAGGCAAAUGAAUUCCCCCGCUGAUUUGCAUGGCAUGUGGUACCCAACGGUUCGUCGCACUUUAGUCUGCCUCUCCCGCUUGUAUCGCUGCGUGGAUCGACCCAUUUUCCAAGGCCUUUCCCAGGAGGCCCUGAAGCUGUGCAUACAAAGUGUCUCCUAUGCGGGUGGCAAAAUUGGCGCAGCCAAAACGCCCAUCGAUGGAGAGCUCUUUGAGAUCAAACAUCUGCUGAUCUUGAGGGAACAAAUUGCACCAUUCCGUGUGGAUUUCACUGUAAAGGAAACCUCUUUGGACUUUAGCAAGGUGAAGACGGCAGCCUUUGGGCUGCUGCAGAAGCGUAAACAGCUCUUCUCGAUGGGCAGCAACAAUGCGUUGCUGGAAUUCCUGCUCGAGGGCACACCACAGAUAAAAGAACAUUUGCUGGACUCGCGCAAGGAAGUGGAUCGUCAGCUGAAGACUGUGUGCGAGAAGUACAUCAGAGAUGCUGUGAAUAUGCUAAUAGGUCCCCUAAUCACAUUCCUGGACAAGGCACAGAGUCUGCUGGCACAAGCGGCCUCAAGCACAGCCUCAGCGACAGAGUCCACGACGCCAAAGGCUAGCUAUGUGCUGAGGCAAAGCCCCUGGGCGAGUCCCCAACAGAUAAGCAGCAUCAUUCAAGAGACGCAGCGCACGAUUAAGGCCAAGCUGGCAGUGCUCCAACGAGCGAUGCAACUCUAUCUAAGCAAUCGUGAUACGGAAUUCAUUAUCUUUCGGCCAAUACGAAACAACAUCAUACAAUCAUUUGUUAAGCUAGAGCAAUUGCUGACCACAAAUGGCUACUCCACAGAUGAUAUGAUCAUCACGAGUUGCCCGUCUGCGGAACAGGUAUCGAUUCUGCUUUCCAGUGCUAGUAUUUUGGCUGCAGAGGGAGUGGCGAGCUUUGCAGCGGCAGCAGCACGCAAAAUCAGCACUUCAUCCUCUGUCGAAGGUGUAAGCAGGAAGCUGAGCACAAUGUCCAACAAAGCGGAGCUGCUGGAAGAGCCCAAGGCAGAGGCACAGGCGGAGGUUCAAACGGAAGCAGCAGCGGCGCCUGUGGAGAUUGAGGCCAACACAGAAUAGUUUGCAAUGUAUCGCCCCUUAUGUAACUUAUAUGUAUAUCUAUUUAUCUAUAGCUAAGCCAUGUAAUAUAUAUAUAAAUGUAUUGUUUGUGUGUAAGCGCUGUCCAAGAGUGCUGUCUGCCGGAGCUUGUGGCCUGUUGUGGUUUAUCCUUUCCAAAAAACAAAUUGUAGAAUUAA